GUGGAUUCGAACCCGUACCCGGGCAACCAAACGUGCUCAAGUUCUGCAAUGCCUACGGUCACUGCAUCAAAACCACGUGUAGCGGGGGAGCGUGUCUUUAGUAAAGCGGAUUGCGGGUGUAUUGAGGUCAACCCCGACCCCACCCAACCGGAUCUGACGUCACAAACGUUCAAACAAAAAGCUUCCUCCGCGUUGAACGUCGUCCCGGAGACCGUGGCCGAUUCGGUCUCCGCGUUCAUCAAGGGCGCCGACCGCCUGCUGCACGUUGAUCUGGUCGAACCUCGAGGUACGAACCUGCAGGCGAGGGUAGCGGGUGACAGGAAGAACGCGAGUGACAGCCCGGGUAACGUCACAACCACAACUGAUUUCAAAACCACGCCCAUCCAGACCACGCCCACCUCAACGUCACAGACCAACAGCGACCGAUCGUUGACGUCACAGGUCAAAAGCAGCACAACUUGGUCGUCGCAGGCGACCGUGGAUCAAACGGUGACGUCACAGGUGACGAUCGACGAAACGGUGACGUCACAGAUUACCAUCGACGACAUAGUGACGUCACAAUCGACCAACUACAUCACGGUGACGCCACAAGCCGGUACCCGCCCCACCACGAGUUCACUCGCCACACACGAUCCACCAACAACCACCACGUCAACCACGUUCAACAGCACAACCACAUUUCGCCAACCAUUUCUCAACGCCACCACCAACAGCACCAACACCAGCAGCACCAACACCAGCAACACCAAUAUCACCAACGCCACCGAUCAAACAACCUCCAACCAUCAGCAGACGUCAACCAACGUAACACCACCUCCAGUGCCACCUGCCUGGCACCAGGAUCCGCGUCUUGCUGACCCAGGUAACGCAAGCAGCUGGUCCGGUGGUCCUGACGCCAACACCAUCAGACCGUACGACAGCUUCAAUCUAACGGCACAGAAUUCAACUCAAACACAACAAACUCAGCCUGCAAUCAAUUGUGGCGCAGAGGUCAACAUCACCGGCAUGACGUCUGCUGGGAGUGUGACAGGGGAGGGGGCCUUUGGGUCACUCUAUGUCGGCGCGAGAGGGGUGACACCAAACAAUGGGAGCGUCUACUUCGACGGCAGGGGUUUCAUGUGGAUUCCCUUGUACGAGAGUAGCCGGUUUACUUCAGGUUUGACCGUGUCAGUGACCAUCAAGGAGAACGUCGACUACCUGACGCCGCAGGGGCUGGUCAGCAAUUGCGGAAGUGACGUCACGCCGUCCUUCAGCAUCAGCCUCGAUCCCAGGUCACACGUGGUCAAGUUCAGCGUGGUCGUCAUGACCAUGACGUCACCGUACCCGUUCCAAGAAAAGUUAGAAGUCAGAAUUCCAUACACGCCUGGCGUCCAGAAAACCAUAGAAAUGCAAUGUGACGGUCAGAAGCUGAUUGGUCGAGUCAACAACCACGUGAGCGGGACUCACGUGCCAUCCAAAGAGAGCUACGAGCUGUCAUCUAGACCUAAACCCUUGUAUAUAGGUAAAGGCUGUGUGGAGGAUUCCUUGGAUAAUUUUUAUGGUGACCUCAAUAGUGUGACAGUAUACAGAUGUGUUCGGUCUGAAUUAGGUCAGUUGUUGACACAUCGUUGAAAACUUGCAGCACACCUGUCACACACACACACAGCACAUCAAGACAAUCUUGACUCGUGACCAUCGUUGCUGGCAACUGAGUCAAAUAACUGGGUCAGGGUCACAAAAAAAGGGUCACCAUUAAAAGUGUGCCAGUUAAAUUGAUCACCAUCAAAAACUGUUUGAAAUUGUCACUAUCAAAACUCUUUGUCAAAAUUAUCCCAAUAACAUUUAACACCAUCAAAAAACGUACCUAAAAAUCGUCACAAUAAAAAUGUCAAUGAGUGCCACCACUAAGGGGUUCCAACAAAAGAGCC